AUGGCCAAUACAUGGUAUGAAACGGUAUUACUAGGAAGGCCUGCAGGAGCACCACCACUGACAUGGGACGAGUUCACUAAGUUGUUCAAGAAUCAUUUUCUUCCAGACAGUCUGAUGCAACAAUAUGCUAGAGACUUUGAGAGAUUGGUUCAGACUCCAGAUAUGGAUGUGUCAACAUAUAACACUAAGUUCUGUACGCUAGCUAUAUAUGCUCCUCACUUAGUGCCUACAGAAGAAGCUCGAGUUCAGAGGUUUGUUGAUGGAUUGGUUGGUCGUCUAUACACUGCAAUAGCCCUACAGAUGAAGACUUUAUCCUACUCUGAUGUAGUCGACCUUGCUAGAAAGAUUGAAAACAAGGAUGUGAGGAGCGUGCAGCUAGUGAUUUACGUAAGAAGGCCAAGACAUGAGGGGCUUUCAGUGGUGGUUUUAGUGAAAAUAGAAAAGCAGGAAAUCAGAGACAACAACAACAGGGUUCUCAAACAGGGACACACGUGUCUUCACAGUCCAUAUAAAGACCACAUUACAGACAAGAUGUAUGCCACUACUCCAGCCUGCCAGACUUGUGGUAGAUCACAUUUGGGCCAAUGUCGUGUUCUAAUUGGAGAGUGCUUUCGGUGUGGCCGGUUGGGGCAUCACUUGAGGGAUUGCCCUCAGCCUCCGAGAAAUUUCAACCAAGCUUCUAUUCAGUCGGCUGCACCGACUCAGACUACUCGUAAUAUUUCAGGUGCUAUAGGUACAUGA